CUUUUACUGUUCUUUAAUAAAAAAGAAAAAUUGUAUUUUAUUAAAGAAGAGCAUAAAUUAGCGAGUAAUAAAUAUAAAAGGAAGGAAUGUCUUUAACACCACCUCAAAAUCCUUCCUUAAGGUCCUCUCGUUCUGCAGACACUCGUUACCUAUCCGCAUCCCCUCCUUAUUGUAGCGAUGGAAACCUAUCGACUUCUUCCUCCACAGGUUCACUGAAAAGACGACGUUCGGACAAAAACAAUAAGAAGGAAUUAUUUAUUGAUACAAAGGAGCCUUCGGAAGAGAUUGGAAUUGAUCUUACUCAAAAAAAGCUAAAAGGACUUCAUCUACAACAAAACAAUCAAUAUCGGAGCCUAUCAUACCAAGUAGGUGAUCAAGUAGAAGCAAUAAAGUGGACAAACGAUGUAAAAGAAUGGUACUGUGCCAGAGUAGUAGAAAUAUUAUACGAUACAACUACUGCAGCUGGAGAUGCUCUGAUCUUUGUACACUAUGAAGGAUGGUCUCCAGAUGAAGCGGAUUGGAUCAGUCCUACUCUCAUACGACUUCAUAAUCCACGCACAUCUCUUCAAUAUGGUCCAAAGGGACCCGAAAGUGACAGAUCAUGGAAAGAUUAUGCUGAAUUCUAUAAAUCAAAAGCUGGCGAACAAACAAGGCACCAUACAGGUCUUGUGCAAGACAGACGAAUGUCCCUUCACUGCUGCCCUUGUCAUUCUCGAGAGACGAUCCAUCCAGAAAGGCCAGAUAGAAUUAGUUCGAUCCUUCAAGCACUCCAUGCCAAUCGCUUAUUAAGGUAUUUUGGACGAGUUCAUGCCCGAGAAGCCACCGUACAAGAGUUACUGAGGGUGCAUACGUAUGGUCAUGUUAGAAAUUAUUACCCAAUAGACGAAGAGAGAGAAUCUGUUGUUAAAAAGAGACCCUUGAAAAUAACGUCCAUUGCCGCUCUGUUAAAUCCCGAGCCUUCAGCACACAAGCCAAAUGUGAUGAGAGGUGUGGGCGGUGGAACAGUAAAGCAGGCAGACCAAGAUCACAUCAAGAGACAACACACAAGGUUUUCUUCUGCCGCGGCUGCAGCAGAUGCAACCCAAACGGACCCAAAGCCGGUCGCACCUCCCGGCUUGAUAUGUGAAAUGACAUGUGGUGAACUGGGCAUAGCUGUGGAUACGACUUUUCAUCCACUUUAUACGAGCCUCUCUGCUCGAAUAGCAGCUGGUUCUUUAUUAUCCCUUGUUGAAUCUAUUGUCAAUGGUCGUCUAAGAAAUGGAUUUGCUUUAAUUCGACCACCAGGUCAUCAUGCUGAAGACGAUACAGCUAUGGGAUUUUGCUUUUAUAAUAAUGUGGCUGUAGCAGUGGCUGAUACUCUGGAGAAAUACCCGUCAAAGAUCAAAAAGAUCCUCAUCAUUGACUGGGACAUACAUCAUGGAAACGGCACUCAAAAGAUGUUUUAUGAUAAUCCGAAUGUUCUCUAUAUCUCGCUACACAGAUGGGAUAAGGGUAAGUUCUAUCCUUUCACUGGCGCACCUGAUGAAUGCGGUGAAGGCCCUGGCCUAGGUAACAAUGUAAAUAUUGCAUUUAGCUCUUCAGAAGAUAAACCAAGACCAAUGGGUGAUACAGAGUUUGUUGCAGCCUUUUAUUAUUUCGUCAUACCAAUUGCAAGGCAAUUCCAUCCUGAUAUGAUUUUUGUUUCCGCAGGGUUUGAUGCGGCUGAAGGGCAUCCAGAAAAUCUUGGUGGAUAUAAUAUGACCCCUCGUGGGUAUGCAUUACUCACAAAGAUGGUAAAGGACCUGGCCAAUGAGUUAUGUGAUGGUAGACUAGCCCUCACGCUCGAAGGUGGAUACGAGCUUCAACCUUUAGCAUCUUCCUGUGCUGCAAGUGUUGCUCAGCUAUUACCUUUAAACACAUUACCUGAUCAACAAAUUACAACUUUCAAGCGAACUCUGAAUGCUGUUAAACCGAAUAUGGGAGCAGUGGAAAGUUUUGCUCAGGUGGCAUUUAUACAAAAGAGAUACUGGAAUCUGUCAGACGCGAUAUGCUCACCUAGUUUCAAGUUUAAUCUUCCCUCUGACUGGAGAGCAACUGAUAGUAUUUCAACUAGACCUAAAAGAGACAAAAAACCAAUUAAAGUCCCAGUGGUUGAAGGCUAUUGAUAACUGUAAAAUAAGAGCAUCAUAGACAAAAUAUACAGGCGUUUGAAUCUUUACAUGCUUUGCACAUAACUAUAAUCUUACAAAGAUAAUACUUAAUAAACUCACUACAUUAGUAAUCAACAUUCAUCUAC